UUUACAAUUUAUAAUUUCCAAUGGAAUCAAUCUAUCACCUGUCUAAUGGCUGCUGCGUUCUCACAUUUUGUGUGUGUUUAAAAUCAAAGUUUUCUUGUGAAUAACACGAUUUUGCAAAGUAUUGUUUAUUCUACGACAGUUGGAAAGUGUGAUUUAUCUUCUGCGGUGACAAAAAAUAGAUUUUGAGGGCGAUAAAGCUACGAAUUCCGAAGUCCACGUUCAGCGAAAAUCGGACGCGAGGCUGCUGCGGAUAAACUAGGAAAUUACGAGUCACCGAAAAAAAUAUGGAACCAUUACCUAAAGAUAAAGAACCUCCAACGAAAAAGCCGAAAAUCGAAGACGAUAUAUCAAAAACAAUAGAUUCGCACAUAAAAAACAUUAAAAGAUGCAAAAGUUUAAAAGCAAUUUUGGGUGACGAUUUCGAGAAGCCAGUGCCCCUUAUUCAAGUUUACGUCGGUCAUGUGAGGAAUCCAAAAGACCUGUCAAAGACAAUAUUGAUCUUAAACGAGAAGGUACCUUUAAAAGGCUUGCACCACUUGAAAAGAGUGAGAAAAAGGGAAGUGUUGUUGUGUCCAACACACUACCUGAAUGGUAUGUCUUCCAUACAGGAGUAUUUAGAAAUCAAUGUACCAGAAUUGAAAGAUAUAUUUGAGUAUUUCAAAGACCUUUCUGUACCAAUGUACGCUCCGAAGGUGAAGCGACAGUAUAAUCAACUGUUAUGGUCAUGUAACUUCCAUCCGAACAAGUAUUAUGAGAAACUUGUCAGUGACAAUUUCUUUUCGAACGAGGAAAUGAAAUUGCAUACAAAAUUCAUGACUGUGGCUUUUGAAGUGCAACGCUGGCACUUAAAGGUCACUGACCACUCAGCAGAGAUUCUCCUCAAGACUAAUGCAACGGUAAUUGUUGAUCCGUCGACUGACAGCGUUGUGGCUGCAUCGUUCUUUAACGGUGACCAUCCCGUUCAACACUCCGCUAUGUUGGCUAUUGACAACGUAGCUAAGACCCAACAAGGUGGAGCUUGGGGUACUCGCAGCCAAACCACCGAUUGUGCGUUAAGUGGGGUUGACAGUGAAUUAUUAAUUUAUCUAAAAGAGAAUUUCCCUAAAGUAAAAUUUGGAGCGAGGCCGUAUAAAAGUAAAAGAGAUGUUGAUAAUGAAGACAGUGAUACUGAAAGCCCGUAUUUGUGUACCGGAUACAAUAUUUAUAUGCUAAAAGAACCGUGUAUCAUGUGUUCUAUGGCCCUAGUGCAUGCUAGGGCGAAGAGGAUUUUCUACUGCUUCUCCAAUUUAAAAGCUGGUGGACUUAAAUCAAGGACUAAGCUACAGGGAGUGCCUUCCUUAAAUCACCAUUUUGAAGUUUUCAGUGGCUUUUUAUAGUGUUGUCUUCUACCGUGUGGGUUGUGAUGUGGACCAACCUCAGCAACCCUGGGUCAGGGUUAUCAUUGAGCUGCCAAAGACCCCUGACAUGGCAACGACUACGUGUUAUAAGGGAUAAUAUAAAGGUAUAACGUGCCUUUGGUAGCACGGAUCAUCUUAUUUUCGGACAAUCGGGUGAUCAGCCUGUAAUGUCCUACAUAACCUAUAAAGACAGGGUGUUAGUGACAUCAUAACGAAUACUGAGGGGGAUUAUUCAGACCAUGAUUCUGAGGUAAUAUCAAGUGGAAUUUUCCGUCGCAAAUUUCAUGUUUUUUUUAAGUUAUUUUGAAUUCUACACUUUUGUGAUGGAAAAUUCCACUUGAUAUUAAUUCAGAAUAAUGAGCUUAAUCAUCCCCCUCAGUAUUCGUUACGACGUCACUUGCAACCUGUACAAGUAUUAGAUAGCCAUACAAGUGCGUAUUGGUGUUAGUGACACCGUAACAAAUUCUGAGGGGGAUGAUUCAGAAAAUGAUUCCGAGUUGACAUCAAGUGGAAUUUCUUGUCGGAAAACUCAUGAAAGUUUUAGUGUUUUUUUAAAUUGUUUUCGGUUCCAUACUUUUGCGGCGGAAAAUUCUACUUGAUAUUAACUCAGAAUCAUGGUCUGUAUCAACCCUCUCAGUAUUCGUUACGAUGUCACUAACACCCUAUAUACUGAUGUCAAAUCAAUAAUCAAAAAAUCAAAUCAAUA